AAUUUACCGGUUUUAAAAGAAAUUUAGCGUUUCUUAUUUCGAUGUUCCCGGGAAAACAAAGAAAAUUGAAUUCGUGUGGAAUGUUUCAAAAUUUAAGGAAAAUAUAACACUACCAUGUUCUAUGAUGGCUUCAAAUACUGGUUGGCUUAUCAAAAAAAGGAUAAGAGCUAUUAUCGCUGCUUUCGAUCGAAAACAAUAAAAUGUCCAGGAAAGGUCGUCAUGGAGAAUGGAAAGAUAACGAAUAUUAAUCAACAUACUCACGCAAAAGAAUCAAAACUUAGCAUUGUUGACAAAUUUAGGAAAAUUCUGACGAAAAAAGCUGUUGAAAAGCCAACAAAGUCCUUAGUUGAAAUUUAUUUAGAAGAAACCCUCAACUUCACUGAAGCUUCGAUUUUAUAUCCUUUUCAAAAUGCAGAGAGUACAAUGCGAAAAGCUAGAAUGAAACAUAAACCAAAAGCACGAAAAGUCAUCGAAAGUCAAAAUGAAUCAUUGCUAAGACAGAGAAAUAAUAACAAUCUUCAAGAAUUACAGAAACAUUACGUUCAGGAAGUCAUUGAAAGUAAUGAAACACUUGUGAUUUACAUGCAUCAAUAUUCGCACAAGCUACUUGGAAAGAUUGAAGAAAUUCAUGUCGAUUGCUCUAUUAAAUGUACUGCCGACAAUGGCACACAAGAAUUGUUUUUGUUGACAGUAUUGGCAAUCGUUAAGAACCAAGAUUAUCCAAUAACAUUUGCUUUUGUCAAGCAUCAAACAGUUGAAGAUUUCUUACCUAUUUUCAAUUAUAUUUAUGAAAAGUUUUCACGAGUUUUAAUGCCUCAUAACAUUUUAACUAGUUGCGAUAUAAAUCUUCAAGAAGCUUUGAGAUUAUCGUUUCCCGAUGCAACAAUCAAAGUGCUGUGGUUUUAUUAUGCAAAUUCUAUACUUAAAUUUGCCAAGGAGAAAGGAAUGAUGAAUUAUGUUAACAAAAAUUUAUUUCAUUUGUCAAGUUUAAAGAUGAUGUUAGCCAUUCCAUUAAUUCCUGCAAAUUAUAUGAUUCCUGGCUUAGACGCUUUAAAAAAAUGGAUGUCAGAAAAAUCUGUCGAUUAUAUUCAACUCUGUGAAUUUAUUGACUCAACGUGGCUCGUGUCUGAUGGUGCUGAAAAGAUUUCAAUUUUUAAUGGCUUAUCACAUUCCAUAAAUAAUUACAUGCAAAUAUUUAAUCGUGAUCUAUUGCAUCCAGUAUCCGUUGGUGAGUUGAAACAAAAACAUCUUCUGGAAGUUAUCAACAAACAAAUGCUGAAAGCUGUGAUGAAACUCACUAAGAAAUCAAAAUCUGUUGUGACUUUAAAAAAAGUUCAGAAACUUCAAAAAAUGAUAUUAGAAACAGCAACACAUAAUUGGAUUAAAGCGAACAUUCAUCUUCGUCGGCCUAUUCAGUUUCUCCAACAAGUUUCACAUUGCAUCGAUGAUGGAAUGAUCAACUUUGUUAUCAACUACGAUGUUCGUGAGAAACAGAAAAAUGUUUCAAUAUCACAACAAAGUUGCUCAAAUUUUCAUGAUUUUCCUUCUCGCACCGAACCACCACCAUUAAUUUUCUUUGACAAACCAACUGUUUCAAAAAGAUUUUCAUCAUCAGAACCACCGCCGCUUGUUCCAAUAUUAAGGAAAAACACAACAAGUUGUCUAAAUGAUCAAAGCAUGAGUUUAUCUUGACAUUAGUUUUAUUUAAUUCUCCAACAUAUCUUCAUAUAUAAGUAAAAAUAAAUUUAUUUAUGUCCUAAAAUCAAGCAUAA